AGAUGAGAUGAGAUGGCCAUAGGCUGAUAGAUAGCCAUGGCAUCAUCCAAAUACUCAUAAAAUUUAAAUAUAAAUUGAAAACCAGUCCCCUCCUUUUCACUUUUGCCUCUCUCUCCUAACAACUGCAGCUCCAGCAGCACAAUAAUGUCGUUAUAUAAACCCCAAUAAUUCAACUCCACAAGCUCCAGUCCACGUCGGCCUGCCUUUCAAAAUCAAACCCCAACCCCAACCCCAACCCCAUUUUCGAGAUAUUUGUUUUAGACAAGACGUGAAUCAAUUUGGCCUUUUCGAUGUAUGUGAGGAUGAUGGGAUUGAUUCUUGAUAUCCAUCAAAAUAACUUCUUCAAAGCACGUAUCAUCAUCGUCGUCGUCCUCGUACUCGAAAUCUCCUCUCUUCUCUUCUUGUUAACUACUCCUUCCUUCCUGCUACUUUCAUUCAUUUACAUCUACUCAUUCACUCACUCACUCACUGUAAUACUACUACCAGUAAUGCCUCACCCUUGUCGUUGAGCCACACCCCACCCCACGCCACCCCUCCCCUCCCCCGGCCCUUCCUACUCUCUACCACACCCUUGCCCUUGCCCUGCCAUGAAGUUUCUUCUCUCUGUCGUGCCUAGGAGCGACAAGAAGAUUUCUCUUCCUUCUCGGCCGGUCCAUCCCCAUGGAGAUUGCACGCCUCGCCUACUGCUCAACUCUCACCAACCCGCGCCCGGUAGCAAAGAUGAAUCCUUCUUUGAUUCACAACCUUGGUUGGAGUCCGACUGCGAGGAUGACUACUUGAGUGUUAAAGGAGAGUUCACCCCAUCGCGUGGAAGUACUCCGGUUCAUCAUAGCUUCUCUUUGGGAAAUGGAAAUGUGAAUCUAUUGGUAAACAAAGGAAUUGGAAAUCCGUCUCCGGAUAAAAGGAAAAGACUCUCGGAAUUGUUUGAGGAGAACGUCUUCCAUGGGGAAUUUGCUUCAGCAGACAACAAAGGUGAGUGUGAGAAUGAGGCGGGGGAGGAGGCUCCUGCAAGAGUGGUGCCUGAGCCCACCACCACCAUCACCACCACCACCACUGAUCCAGAUCUAGGCAAUCAAGAACCCAAAUCCACAUAUUGGGAGUCUCCUACUCCUACUCCUCCUCCUCCUACUACUACUACUACCACUACCCCCAAUAAUAAUAAUGAUAGGGCAGGGGCAGGGUACAAAACUGGGAAGGCGAAGAUGAAGGCACAGUGUUGCCUUCCCAGCUUGAGGCGGCUUCCCAUCAUCUCGAAAGAAAAGAAAAAGACCAAAAAGAGCCCAUUUUCCAGUCCCAAGCAGGACAAUCAUUGAGAGGCCCCCUCAUUUUUUGGUGAUUGAGUUGGUUGGUUGCGGACCGUUUGUUAUGCGUGUAGUGUAGUUCAGCAGCCAUCCCCAUCCCAGCUCCGGCUAUAUGCAUGCGGAUGAACCAACCCAACAUACUACUAGCAACUACUACUACUACUACUAAUACUAUAUAAUAUGCAUGUAUAUAUACAUAUAUAAGCUAUGGAUGAGGAAGAGAAGCCUGUCUCUACUUAAUUGCUGGUCUGGUUAGUGGCGCUUAAUUAAUGGAAUUAAGAAGAAUUUACUUGAUACAAAAAAAAACACAUUGACAGAAGAUGAAGAUGUAUGAUGGAGGAUGAGAGUAGCUAAUUAAUUAAUACUAGUAUAAUUAAGCCUAAUUGAUUAGGCACAGUGUGUGUUUCUUCUGUUCUUGUAUAACCUGGACAAUUGCUUGCUUGCAGGGGCGGCAUCAGAUCAGAGGAAUGUGAUCGUAGUAUAUAUGUAAUGUAUAUACAUACAUACAUGAGUAGUGGUUGGGUGCAGAUAGAUGGUGAUGCAUGCAUGGUCGAUAUUACGGGUUUAUCUGUCUGUCUAUCUGUCUUCUGGUGAUACCAACUACUUUUUAUACA